AGUCUCGACUUCAGCUUUAAUCAUGGCACACUGGACAAUUUCUGGUUUUCUCGUGAUCUUCGUUCUUUUCGGGCUGAGCCAAGCUUCUGCCCCUUGUAAUUCGGAUGGAAAGUCUCAAUGUGUCAAAAUAAACAAUUGUGCAAUUAAAAAGACGUACCGUACAAAUUUUGAUUACAGCUGCGCACAAGAUGAAACUUGUUGUAAACUUGAAGAUAUUGAUCUGGCUUGUGACAUAAAUGGUUACCAAAAAUGUGUAGAACCGGAUUUGUGCAAAGUUCGGCACAUUUACCACUCGAAAAGAUUACCAUGCCCGGGAGGUUUGGUUUGCUGCCCAGUCCAAAAAAAAGUGACUCUGAGCAUUGAUGAACCAUUAGAUUAAUUAUUUAUUUGAAGAACAUUCAAUAAAAAUUUCACCUAAAAACUUAUAGUUUCUUUGAUAACUAUAA